AUGAAAAAGAAUUAACCCCAACAACUUUGAAUUAUGAUGAAUUAGAUGAUCUUAUAGAUGAAUAUAGUGCAAGUAGUUCUCAAGAAGAAGCUUCUGAGGAAGAAGUUAAUAAAGGAGAAGAAAUCAGUGGAGAAUUGAUUAUUAAAAACUUUCCUAAUUUAGAAGAGGUAAUGGUUAGUGCUUAUAAAAACAAGGAAAAGUUAACCAAACUGGAAAUAAUAAAUUGUCCUCGGUUAACUUGUUUAUAUUGUGAUCACAACCAACUAACAAGUUUAAGUAUGGAUAAUUCAGUUAGUUUAGAAAUGCUUACUUGUACAAAUAAUCAACUGACUAGUUUGGAUAUACUUUGCUGCAGCAACAAUAGGCUUACGCAAUUAGACAUUAGAUAUUUAGAUAAUAUUAAUGAAGUUGAUGAGGAUUGUGGCGAUAUUGAUUGCUCAAAUAAUUUGUUAACUAGAAUUCAACUUCCUUUAAAAUCGGA